UAAAUGGAGACUUUGAAAAUCAAUACAAACGAGGCCAUUGACUUAGAAGUGCCCAAGUUAAAAACUCCACCUAUUAGGGAGUUCAAACCUGGUAUCCAGAAGAAAGGCUUCGUCAGGCGGGACACCCAGAUGAAUUUCUUCCUCCAAGAAGCCAAGAAAGCUAUGUUUAGGUGAUUGAAGGGCAAAAUGGCCAAGAGACCAAAGAAGAAGCAGAAGUCUAAGCCUCUACCGAAGGUAGAGCCUCAGAUCCCACAAGUUCAGGAAAAAGUUCCGGAUUGGAAGAAAGACCUCUCAUCGAACUUGGGCAACAUAAUGAAACCGUCAAUCCCAGAUUUUGGAUAUGCUGAGCACAUGGACUUCGGGGAUGAGGAUAGAUCGAACUCCAAGCGCGGCUGGGGCCGCUUCUUGGAGUUCAUUCAAAAAUAUCCAGUCACUAACAAGGCUCAAAAUAUUAUCGAAAAUAUUAAGAAGGAGAAGGAACUUGAGGGAGCCAAUCUACGCACAAAGAAGAAGCGUUCAAAGCUGAAGAAGAGGGUUUCAUACAGCAUCAAGAUCAAUAAGGCCAGCUCUGACAUUCCCAAAGCAAGAGGAAAGAAAAGUGUAUACUUUGAAGAUAUGAAAAUGCAAGGAAGGGGAGAGAUGAGCACUUUUCGGAAGCAUGCUGAAAUUCAAAGAAGAAAGUUACCCAGCAUACUUCCUCAAGAUAAUGACAUUACUGAUUCGUUAAGGAAUCUUAGCCUAAGCCAAAGUGAAUCGAAGAACUCGUUGAGCUCUUCUAACUCUUCCAUAAAUGCUCAACCACCAGGAUUGGGGCUAAAUAAUAUAGCAAGACUUGGUGUGACUCAGAAAGGAGGUCAGAAACGUCGGAGAUCUUCUAUGAUGUCCUUUACCAGUUACAACAACAUGUUUGUAGAAAACAGGAGGUUUGAUGAGAAGAAAAAGAAAAAGCCUCUAACUGAUAUCUGGUAUAUACAUAAGGGCUUUGAAAAGAAGCUUGUUAAUAAAUAAGGAAACAUACCAGAGCCUUAACAGGAGUAUUAAAACAAAAUGAAUGAAGCUAAAACGGCUAUCUUUUUCAAACAGAAUCGCUCCUACAAAGCUCUCUCCGAGACUUGAGAACCUGUCUGGAUCUGUAUGAGUCAAGCGGAGCGUUGACUCCUCAUUUGGGUUCAAUCAGUCAAAAUGUGGUCAGAGCGGGAACUCCGAUACCCAGUUAGUUAAGAGAAUUCAGAAGGGCCAAGGUCCUUCUAAAACUCGUAGUUUAGCGAGUAAGGCGACUCAUCGCAAGAAGCACCGAACGUUCUCAAUGGAGCAACCUGAGAAUGUAGGAACUUCCAGUAUUCCAAGGAUGAGGGAUAUCUCUAGUGCUUAUAAUAUCUGUCCAUCUUCUGCUAUAACUACUCCUGACUCUUUGUAUGCCAAGAACUUUCAACCGAGAAGCAAGCGUUCUGUCUAUAGCAAAAAACGAGGAAUGUUGAACAAGCGACAGAAGUUAUAUAGUUGCUCUAAGUCAUAAGUAAUUAUUUAUAUCCGGACUAAUAUACAUCAUAUUCUUUCAAUGGGCCAAUGGGAAUGCUUCAGUCACAUGUCUCUUACUGCGAUACUACCAGUGGGUGAGACAGGCCAAGCCUUGGGUCACAGAACCUCAAUGUAAACCCCUCUCUUCUGUUUAUUUACUUAGAAAGGAGCUAAUCAGAGGCAUCUUGAGGCCAAUUCAUUUCUG